UUCGUUUCGGCUUUCAAUUUAUGCCAGUUUCCAAUGUCGCUGGGCUUAGUUCAUUGAUCGUCGUACAGAAGCUUGAUCGUAGCUCUUACGUCGCCGGAGAAGAUGGUGCGGAAACAGUUUCAACAAGCGAAAACUGGAAUAGAGGCAUUGAAGUCAAUGGAUGCUAACAAGUACCUGAAGAAGGUUGGAUUAGGGCGUGACGAUAUGUUCUUUUGGAAACAAGUGGGAAAAGCAUUGCUUUGCACCUAUACAGUCUUUGGCGUUGCAUGGAUUUACAAUGAAACCUCUCCUUUAGGUUGGUGGACGUUGAAGCCGAGACCAAAGGAGGAGAGAGAAUUGGCUCAUUUGUAUGAGAGGCGUGAGUUUCCUUAUCCAGGUGAUACAGAGGCCAUGGAGGAUUUUGUUGCAAAGGGGGGAAUGAUCGGUACAGCGAUUGGGCCGAAAGGGAUUGUUGAGUCUGAAGGUGAAGCCGAUAAUUACCAGAAGGAAAUGGAGAAGAAGAAGUUUGAUAAAGAGGCUCAGAAACUGUGGCUAAGAAUGAGGAAUGAGGUCAUUACUGAACUUCAAGAGAAAGGGCAUAAUCUUGAAUAAGGUGUAAAAGGGUUGUGAUAAAAUCAAAACGUGUGUAAUUUAGGCUGUGUAUCACUAAGGAUUCAACCACUCGUACAAGUGUUGUUUCUGUCUACGUGUAGCAGAAAGUACAAAACUGAUUUCUGUUCUACGAUACCAUUGAUGUUCUUGAUAUUGGGGAAGUAGCGCUUGUCCUUUAUUAUUGGCUUGAUUCA